AUCAGGAGUCGGAAGAGUCAAGUUCCCUUUUGCAGACAGCAGUUUCGGUGCUGCAGAGCGCCUACUUGGACUCUACAUCUCAGGACGGUUUUCAGUACAGCCAAGCAAUUCUGGUGGAAAAUGAUGUUUUUCUAAGUGAGCUCAAAGCUUUUGCCCAAGCAAAGGAAGCCGCCGGGUACAGCCAGGAGGAGCUGGAGGAGACCUUUGCAUUUCUCCUGUUUGAUAAUGAAGAAGAGGCAAAAGAGGUGUGUCAGACAGGCCUCCGUGUAAACAGCAGUUCUAUUUCCACGCUUGGUGACCCAGCAAAAGGGGUUUAUAUUUCCAAGUAUGCAGACUGUCUUCAUCCGAGACCCUGGUAUCACGGAAAAUCGGGCUAUAUUGUCAUUUGUAAGCUAAUUAAGGGGAAGGUCAAGGUGGUAUCUGAGAAUUACACAACCAGCUAUACCUGCCCAUCUCCCGGCUAUGACUGCCACGUCGCCAUGAGCAGAAAUAACGUACCAUCAAAGACCAGCGACUGCCAGGCCUUCGAGCAGAGCCAGUAUUACGUGUAUGAAGUGUCCGACGGCAGCACUGCAGAGCGCCCCAGGCAGAUCUGCCCAUACAUAGUCAUCGCCUGCCAGUACAGGGAGCCGAAGGAAAUGCCCGUCUUAGCUAUAGAGAGCCUACCUGAGCUUAACCACAAAGCAUUGUACUGUCCAUGGAGGGGACGGCUCUCCAUCCGGGGCCAGCUCUUGUGCAACAUCGCCCUGAGGACCCCAUACAGCUCCACGAUUCCAGCCCAGCUGCCUCCCAACCUGGACAUUAACCAUGUCAUGGGUUUGUCCGACUUGAAGAAAAAGCUACCAGAAGCUGCAUUUGGGAAAAGAAAUUACAUUGAGAAUGAAGUCUGCUUUCAGGGUGUUUACUUCAGUCUGUAUGAAGUAGAAAUAUCAAAUAAGGAUCAAUAUAAAAUGGAUCAGUUAGUAGAAAAUCUAAAGGAAAAGGACUUGGCAAUCAUCAAAUAUUUACAAGAUCAAGGAGUCCUUAUCCUCCUCACGUCCUCUGCCUUGGCACGAGAUGAUGGGUUUGACCCUAAGGAGCCCGUCAGCCUCCUGGCCCUGUUUCUGUUCACCUCGUCCCGGUCGGUGUGCCUGAGAGCAGUUGAAAAGCACGAUCCAAAAGAUGAAAGGGAAGAUAGUGCCAAUAGUGACAUCUCAUUAAAAAUAGCCUCAGUUUUGCCUGGACUUCGCUAUGCUUUACAGAAAGUCACCAGUUCUUCCUGGGGGGACACAGUCAGCACCAACAUACGUAUCAAACAGCACUUCCAGGAAUACGCAAAGCUUGAUCAAAAUCCACAGCCCGCCUCUGGCCAAACCAGCAAAGUUCCCCUUUCUUCUUUCCUCUCACCAACUGAGGAUGAAUGUACUAAUCCCUUCAAAAAACGCUCAGAGCAGUCCUUCUCCCAGCUGCAGCAUUAUCUCUCUGAUCCUAGAAGCUAUACUCUGGAAAUGUCGGCUGCCUUAGGAUGUUUGACUGGUGCUGUUCAGUCCCUUUGCUGCGAUUCAGAGGCUGAUUGUAAAGUGGACUUCUCUUCAGCUGUGCCACCAGACCCUAUUCCUCCCAAAACAGCAGUGGAAAUAAAAGUCAAAAGUGAAAACCCAAAGCCCACAGUUGAGCUGGACCAGAGUGGUGAAGGGCCCGCAAAAGACGUCAACUCGGCCAGCAGGCUAUGGCUGCAGCAGAGCAGGAGGAGAUCCAGCCGAGCCGUUGUGACCAGCACCAGGAAGAAAUGGUCACCCCUCAAGAUGCAAAUGCAUCCUAUGGGGGACAGCGGCAGGAACAGGAAAGCAACCAAGAAGAAAAUCAGCAUCGCUUUCUCUUUUCCUAAAAAGCCAGGGCUCAUGGCCAAUUCCAACGAGCCCAUGGUUAAAUUAGCCAAUUUGCAGUUUCCGCACAGAAGGAAAAGAGGUGCGGAGGUCCUGUCUGCAGAAUUUGUGCACAAAAUACAGUCUGAACCUGUCCAGAAGGAAACCUCAGCUCCCGACGAUCCUGGCUUGGAAACAAAGAGACCAAAGACGCUGAAGAACCCAGACAUGGAAAAGGUUCCUGUUGCUGAGACCGUCACGAAGCCAGUGAAAAGUAAGAUGCUAAAAAGUGCGGCUAACAACCCAUCAAAACCUCAAGCCAAAAAGCAAGUAGAAAGCGAGUGGAAGGAGCCAUUCUCUGUCCUCCCGAGUGAAGUUUCUUCCCAAUGCCACGGAGCAGAUAGCCAAACGAGUGAGACUUACCCAGGCGGGGUCGCUGAUCUCGGUUUUGAUCUGAAGGGGAACGACUACGAGUCCCACGCCUUGAACUUGCUGGCUGAUCUGGCUCUGGGUUCUUGUAUUCCUUCAUUUAUCCCCAGGGACAGCGGGAUGAUCGCUGUGUCCUGCAGCCCCUCCAGCGACUCUGCAAAGGAGCAGCAGAGUCAUCGCAAGCACAAAUCCUUGCGUGUUGCUUCCGACCAUGAAUACCACAGGGUAGAUAAGCUUGCAAAGGGAGCCACCUCUCCGGAGAAAAGCCCUGGGAUUUUCAGCAAGAAGAACGGUGCAAGCCCCAGUCCUGCAAAACCUCCUGUGUUGCCUCCAAGAGAGACUCAAAAAGCUGCCGAGGUGAACAAGCACUCCUUCAUCUCUGCCGAGCACUCAUACGCCUCGCAGAUGCCUGAGCACUCAAAGAAACACAUGUAUCCCAGAGGUGCCCCCUACCCCGGACCAGCACCCUCCAGAAACGGGACCAGGAACGCCCGAGCAGGACCCCUGGUUGGGAAAGUCCUGCCUUUCCGCCACCAGCAGAACAGCACCCACCACCAGCGGCCCUUCAACGCUGUGACGAUGAGGCGCAGGAGCAGCCUGCUCUCCCCCAGGCUGAAGGAGGACUUCGCCAAGUCUCACACAGUGAACAUCUGCAGUGAGUCCGUGAAGGUGACGUGCCAUUGGGAGGCAGAGUAUCUCUUCAAUUUGGACAGCAGGUACACCAACGAUGCCCUGGAGAAAACAGUCAUCCGCGCCCUGCACGGGCCCUGGGACCCUGAUCUGCCCGAUGACGUGGAAGAGAUGAAGCUGAUACUUCAUAUGUGGGUGGCUCUCUUCUACAGCAAACCCAGCAAACUCCUGAGCAGCACGAGGAAGGUGGUGGAGCACAGCAACCCCGAGAAGUACGUCUCGAUAAAUAGCACUGGGGACUUUCUUGAGCUGAGUGAUGAUGGUGAGGAUUGUUUCGGGUUGGAGACGUGCCCUGCAGACUCUCGGUCAGACCCUGACCAGACUCCCAGCAGCUCUCUGGAUCGAAGCACGCAUUGCCAGGGACCUUUCCACCCAGAGGAGAGCCCUGCAGACUCUCAGACUGAUGCUGAUGGGGCUCCUGGUGUUGUCGAUAGUACGGUAUCGUCUUCUUCAGGGGAGCUGCCCUGUGGGGAGGAGGAGCCUUCCUCCACAAGCUGUCCCGAGAGCCUUUUGCCCGCUGAACAUGCUGAUGAGAGCCUGGCUGUGAAAGAAAGGCAGCCGGCAGUCAUUCCUGAGGAGCGCGUGCAUGACAUCUCAACCAUUGCUGCGGAGGAACCACCCAAGGAGGGUCUGCCGGAUGCUACGAUCGCCCCCAGCCCUUCUGAUGAGCUUGGCGAUGCCGGCAAGCCGCCACCUGCGCUGGGAAGGGAAAACCCAUGCAACGAAGCCCUGAAUCCCAGUACAGCUCCCUGGAGUGAUGCACCGAGUGCGCUGUAUGGACCUGGAGAGCAGCAGGAGAGCUCGUGCGCAGCAGGGUCAGGGGGUGGCCCCGGCCCUUCCGAGGACAGGGAGAACAUGGGAGAUGCUGGGCACUGUAUGGAGGUUGAGGACGGCAGCUGGGCCACCAGCGACGGACCGCAACAUGCCUGUGAUUUGAUGCCCUUAGAAACGCAUCCCAAAAGUGCAAAGCCCGAUGGAGCCAGUGGGGAAGGGAGGGAAUCACGAGACCCCUUUGGACAUCCAGAGAAAGAGGAGGAGGAGGUGGAGGAGGGAAAAAAAGAGAAGGAGGACUCUGAAUAUGAAAGCACAGUCCUGGGGCCUGUUGAUUUAGCAUUUUCUGAAAGCAGUGAUGCCGACAUGGAGCAUGAAUGCAGUGAGCAGAAGCCAGUGAAUUCAGUAUGUCCAAUUCCUGGAGAGGGCCCUGUGCCCAGCCCUGCUGCCUUAGCAUCCCCCUGCCCAGGGAGAUCGACGCCAGUGCUGUCAGAUGGGACUGGGACUGAGACUGGCCCUCAAGGGCUGCCUGGUGAGAUGGCACCAAGCCUGGACACGCUGCAAGAGCCCUGGGAGGCUCUGGCCACCCCAGAUGCAGAGACAAACAGUGUUAGUUUGGCACACGCAGCCAGUCCAGCCGAUGUGGGGUUGCCCCAUGACAGCGGGUUGAUGCUGCCGUUACCAUCUGAUCCAAGCCUUGUCUGUGGGGCACAGCCAGACAGCAUUACAGGCAACGUGGGACCUGCCGGAGAGAUGCUCGGGGACAGCUUGGAGCAGAAAGACAAGGAGCAUGCGCCCUCUGCAGAAAUGUGGGUGCCUGCUGGGAGCAAAGCUGCCGGCACAGCUGGCCUCGAGUCAUUGUGUGGCCAGGGACUGUCUCUAACCUUGUCCCCUGACUCCAGUUCUGUCUGCCUCACGUCUCUUGAUGAAGCAACAGACCUGGGGGCUGCUCAGGAGGACCAGGAGGCCAUGGCAAGCGUCCAGUCUCCAUCGCAGAGUGGCCUGGGAGGGAGCAGCUGCCUUUCCCAAAGGCGCGGAGGUGACGUUUAUGCUGACCUCACUUUGCUGAGCACUGGUGAAUCAAACCAAGAAGAGAACAAGUUUGUGGUGGAAGAGCAGCAUGGCAGCCCUUCUGCCAACCAGACAGAUGUGCUGGAUGAGCCCUCGGGAGCAGGUGAAGGCCAGGGCUUCGCCUUCAACUGUACAGCCUUAGCAGGUGACUCUGAAGCUGGGGAGAGCGGUGAUGUGUGCCUCGGUGCAGAGAAGUCCCCCAGGAGCGAUGAAAUGAACACAGGGGUGGUGACUAACCCACCGCAGGAGCCAGAGACCUCUCUUCGUGACCUGCUGGAAUCAGAGCCCUCCUCCUCGGUGAAAGAGGGGAUGUCUGCCAUGAAGGAGCACCCCAGGUGGCAGCAGAGCUCCCCAGACAGCCUGUCCCCACCUGGCCGUGCAGGCUCAGCUCCUGCUUCUCCCCGCCAGCAGGACCCUCUCCCCCAUGGCGGAGACGCAGACCUCCACCACCAUUUUGCAGAGCAAAGCGAGCGGCGGCCAGUCCUCUGCCAACGUGGGAAGUCCUGUGAGCAAGUAGGUGCUGCAGAGGUGAGCGUGGCUGCCGAGAGCCUGGACGGCUCCUUAAAGCUCAGAUGUGCAGAAGACAUGAAAAAAGACACGGGUCCGUGCGAUGCAGAGCUGGAGGAGAGCUCCCCCGCGGAUACGCUUGUGCCAGGUGACCUGGGAUCGAUGCCGCCUUCUCCUCCGCAUGGUCACAAGGCAGGUCUGCACAGCGCUGAGCCUGACUCAGUCCUCAGUGUGCACCCCAAGACGCUCUCUCCUGGCACGAGUCUGGCUCCAGACGGUGCCCCGUGGUCCUGCUGCGUGGGCACCUGCCACAAGUGCCCCAGCCCUGGGGGCCAAGCAGUGGAUGCGGUAGGGAGCCAUGAGAAGGAACCCAUCCUGCCUGAGGAUUCAGAAGGAGGAAGCAGCGUCCCUCUUGCCAGUCCUGCACCUUUUUUGGGAGGGGAGGUGCUCAUGCCACUGUGCGAGCCCCAGUCUGUGUGCAAUCAGGGCAAGCACGAGCCCGAGGGAUCCGAAGCGUUUGCUGAUCUGCACUAUGCCAGCAUGGAGGUGGGAGAGGGAGAAACCCCCAGUCUCCCCUUCCCGAUGUUGCCGUUACAUGGACGCAGGGGAAUCUCUGAAGAGAGCCUGGAGCUUAGUGACACUGAGGAUAUUUUGGACGUGCUCCUGAGGGAAAAGCAGCUCCCCAGCAAAAAAGACAGAUGCAUGGGCUUGACCUUUGAAGAUCUGUUUGAGACUUUCUCCGGCAACUCAGACCAGGAGUAUUCUGGGGGGACUUCACAGUCCCUGCUUACAGCCAGGGGUUCCUACAGCAUGAGAUCCGUGGGUGCUGCAGGCACAAGGACUAACUGCGACUUCUCCUCCGUGAGCUCGGUGCACACAGAGGGGCGCAGCGAGGACUGGGGCUCACUGGGCAUGGAGGGGGGCUGCCCAUGGGCUGAGCACGGCUGGCCGAUCAGCCCAAGGGAAACCAGCAGCGGGCACGUUCCACCGUAUGUCAAUAUUAGGGACAGCCAGGGGAUCGCCAAGGACUACCGGAACUUCGUGGUCACCAAAAAGUGCCGGGAGAGGAUGGGAAAUUUGCAGCCUUCAAAGAGGCACAGCCACUGUGCGGGGCAGUCUUAUUUGUUAAGGUCACUGAUGGGCACUUGGAGGGGUUUUGAGGAAAUCACCCAGCACACUUUGGACAUGGAGUGUCUCCGUUUCCAUUAUAAGCUAAAACAAAUCCUAAGGAGUGGGAAACCACCCUUUUCUACCUCCAAAAGCAUCUUUCCAAAAGACUUUUCUCCCCAGGUGAUGUCUGAGACAUUGCUUGUGCAAGAAGCUCCAACCCAGCUCUCCCCACGGAGCAGGAGCCCUUUGCGGGUGACGAUCCUGCCCUCCAACACGUGGCCAAGCGGGCUCGGCUGGCACCGGCGAAGCAGCUGGCAUGGGGACCCGUGUAGCCCAUGGCAGGACACCCUCUGCGACGAGAGGAGCAGGGCCAGAUCCCAGAGCCAGGGCCACGCAGUUCCCUUCCACUUCAGCAAGCUCAAAUGUGAUAAUAAGCUAAAGGACUCGCGGGGGGACAUCGCUGUCAUCCUCGACGAGUACGCCGAGUUCAACAGGGUGAUGCUGAGCAGGGCUGACACGGGGAGAGAGGGCGGAGGGCCGGUCCCGGCACACGGGGAGGCCACGAGCAAGUGGACGUGUGCGCCCCUCCCUGGGAGGAUGGCCGCCUUCGAGGAAAUGAUCGCGGACCUGUGCAGCACGCUGCGUUUCCGCCUGCACAGUGUGGCCAAGGAGGCCUGCGGCCGCACCAGCAUGUUCUACCUGGUGGAGAUGGGCAAGGACCCUUUCUUUGCAAGAGUGAAGUCCUUGCUGAAGAAAAAUGGCCACGUGGAGAUCGAGCCUCUGAGCUUCUGCGAAGCAAAACACCCGGACGCUGACAGGCUGCUUGUCGUCAUCAGGAACGAGGACAUUUCCUCGCACAUCCACAAUGUCCCGUGCUUGCUGAAGCUAAAGCACUGUCCGAACGUGGUGUUUGCCGGAGUGGACAGCCCCGAAGAUAUAACAGGUCGCACGUACCAGGAGCUGUUUCAAACCGGUGGCUUCAUAGUGUCGGACAACGAGGUGUUGGAAAUGGUAACGCUGGGCCAACUGAAAGAGGUGGUGAAGGUGCUGGAGAAGCUGAACAGAAGCGGGAGGUGGAAGUGGCUCCUUCACUACAAGGAGAGCAAGAAGCUCAGAGAAGAUGUCAGGCUGGACGCCAACACCCACAAGAAGCACUUGAUCCUCCAAAUGUGCCAGGGCGCCAAUCUCGUCGAGGUGCUGCACUACCACGCCUGCGACUCCCAGUCGUCCCCCAAAUCCGAGUACGUCAAGUGCUUGUUGAACCUGCAGGUUCAGCACGUCAGCGCCAGGUUCGCUGUGUAUCUCACAGAAAAGCCCAGUGUCAGCAGGGAGGUCCUUGAAAGCAAAGGAAUCCUCGUGGCCGACGUCAACACCUUCCUUGGGACGGUGCAGGAAGCGGCUGGCCCCCUUAGAAGAAGCUACUGGUGCCGAAGCGAAGCCGCGGCACGGCUCCUCCCCAGGCCCUGCGGCACCGGUUUGGGCAUCCUGGUCCUCUGCGGGAUGGCCCCGGCGUCCCGGUGGGUCUCGGGUGCUGCCCACAGGAGCCGUGCGUGGAGAGGUGGCGGGGGAAGGUUGGCUCUAGUUCUGUAUAUAGACAUUAUUUAAAGAUGGCUAAUGCAAAUCCUCCCGAGGAUUUAUUCCCUGCCAUCGAGUUGCAUAUAGGACAGAGGCUAUUUUAACGUUACACCGUUUUAAAUUAUUGGAAUGUUUUCAAGUGAUUAGUGCAACUGACAGCGGAAGAAAUAGGAAAAUAAAAAUAAUUAAAAAACAGCUGUUUACUUGAGGGUUAGAAGCGGUACGAGUCCGCGAUAACAAAUGCGUUUUCCACGUG